CCCUUGUUGUUUUCUUUUCUAUGUUCAUUUUACUUUUUGGUUCCAAACUUCCUGAAUGAUUCCAGUUUAGUUGAGUUUGUGUUGUAUUUCCAUUAUUUUUAUCAUCUUCUACUUGCACCCCACGCCUCUUUCCUUACGUAGCUUCUUCUCUUUUGACCUGUUUUUCUCUCAACUUGCCUAUUCAUAUUCCACCAUUUCCAUUGUUGGAAUUUCAGUUACAACUUUCAACUUCCCUUUGCUGCUCUGUUAACGUCUUCAAAGCUUCAUGAUUUUGAUCCUUUACUACUAGAAGUGUAAAAAAAUAUGGCUUUUCCUGGUUCCAUGGAAGGUUGGAUGAAAGCUUCUUAUGUGGUCUUUGCUUUCAUCUCUGCUAUGUUCCUUGGUGUCAUGAAAGGGAUUGUUGUGGGUCCUAUUGCUGCUCUGAUACUGAUAAUUGGAAAUGUUGGGGUGAUUCUGGGAAUGUUUCCUGCACAUGUGGCUUGGACAGUAUACACCCUUUUGAAGAUUCAAAUGUUUGAUGUGGCCUUGAAAGUUGCAAUUUUGAUUGCUUUACCAGCCUUGUUUGGUUUAUGGUUGCAACUAGGCAUAGCUGGUAGCAUUCUUGUUGGGGUUGGCUAUGGCUUUUUCACACCUUUGGUUUCAACUUUUGAGGCCUUCAGGCAUGGCAGUGAGUCCAAGAGAUUUUUGCACUGUAUUACAGAUGGAACAUGGGGAACAAUCAAAGGCUGUUGCACCGUAGUUAGGGAUUUUGCAGAUGUGUGUUGCCAUUCAUACCCAUGUUACUUGAGAGAACUACGUGAAUCACCUGCUUCAAAUGAGCAAAAGAAGCUGAGGUUAAUUCAUGUUCCUGCGUGUAUCAUUGUUGGGAUAAUGGGGAUAGUUUUGGAGAUUCCUCUGUUCACUGCAAUUGCUAUAGUAAAGAGCCCCUAUCUAUUGUUCAAGGGCUGGUUCCGACUUGUGCAUGAUUUAAUUAGCAGAGAAGGUCCAUUCCUUGAAACAGCUUGCAUCCCCAUUGCUGGUUUGACAAUAUUUGUGUGGCCACUUAUUGUUAUCGGAAGCGUUUUAUUGGCUAUUUUGUCCAGCAUUUUUGUUGGACUCUAUGCAUCUAUUGUAGUAUAUCAGGAAAGAUCUUUUCGGAGAGGUCUAGCCUAUAUAAUUGCAAUGGUUGCUGAGUUUGAUGAAUAUACAAAUGACUGGCUUUAUCUUAGGGAGGGGACAUUCUUUCCAAAGCCCCAAUAUCGGAAAAACAUGGUGACUCAAUCAUCAGAUUUUUCUACAAGAGGAAAUAGUGUCAGAUUAGGUACUUCAAUGGAACCACCAGCAAUGUUUAUGCCAAGCUUAGCUCCUUCAAGAUCAGUUAGAGAGACCAUUCAAGAAGUGAAAAUGGUGCAGAUAUGGGGGAAUAUGAUGAGGUACUGUGAGAUGAGGGGGAAAGAAUUAUUGGAUACUAAUGUACUUACAGCUGAUGACCUUUAUGAGUGGUUGAGGGGAAAGAAUAUUAAUGAAGCUGCAAUCGUUGGUAUUGGCUUGCCCUGUUAUGCACUUCUACAAACACUUCUCUUCUCCAUCAAAGCCAACUCGAGCGGCGUAUUGCUACUUGAUGAUUUUGAGAUAACCUAUUUCAACAGACCAAAGGAUAAGUUGCUGGAUUGGUUCUUCAACCCUGUAAUGGUUCUGAAGGAACAGAUAAGGGUAAUUGAAUUGGUAGAUGCAGAAGUGAGAUACUUGGAAAAAGUGAUUCUUUUUGGAAGCAAUAAGCAACGCUUGGACGCUUGGGAUAAUGGUGGUUUAGCGAUUACAGAUACUCUUAGAGCUGCUCAAAUCGAGGGACUUUCCAGAAGGAUGAUUGGAAUGACAAGAAGUGUGACAAAGCUUCCAACUUACAGAAGGAAAUUCCGUCAUAUCGUUAAAGCCUUAGUUUGUCAUUCUGUGGAGAAAGAUGUCCCAGGAGGAGAGGCUUUAGUUACUCAUUCUCUGGGUAUAGAUAUUUCUGAAAAGGCCUUAGUUACUCAUUCUCAUUGUAUGGAGAAAGAUGUUUCUGGAAGAUCCACUAGGUCUAUAGUAUCAUUUGCCUCAGAUGACAGUGUUUAAAGAUAAACUAAACCAGUUUUCUUCUCUAUUGUUGUGAAUUUUAAUGAUUGUAAAUUCCCUUAGAUUGUUGAUUGAUUUCUGUAGAUGAGCAUAUUGAGGUUGAUUACAGAUUGAAGACAUUCUCCUUUAUUUUUCUGUCCCCUUGUUCAAUCUAGUUAUGAGAACCAUUUUGGUGUCAAAA